GUUUGUUUUUCAAUCUGACAUUUCAUUGUCUGAAGAGUUGUGGUGAUGGAUACAGACUAUUUCCAACACAAAGGGAUUCAUUUUGCUUCAAUCAUUUACUCAGAAGAAAGACUCAAGUAUCUGGAGAACGAGUUUCAAGUUCAGGAUGAUGAUGUCUAUAUUGUCACCUUUCCCAAAUCAGGCACAAACUGGAUGAUUGAAAUCUUGAGCUUACUUAAGACAAAUGGGGACCCUACUUGGUGUAAUAGUGUUCCAAUUUGGCUCCGGUCUCCUUGGUUUGAAACAUUAGAGGGCCAGUCACAGAUCAAAGAUGUUACCCCUCCAAGAGUACUUACCUCUCAUUUACCAUUCCACAUCUUUGCAAAGUCUUUUUUCACAUCUAAAGCUAAGAUUAUCUACAUAAUGAGGAACCCUAAGGAUAUCCUUGUGUCGUUGUUUCAUUUCUCCAAGAUGCUUUGCCUUUAUAAAGAUCCUGAAAGUUUCCAAGAAUUCUUUGAAGACUUUUUGCAAGGCAAUGUUCUAUACAGCUCAUGGUUUGAUCACGUGAAAGGAUGGAUGCAAAUGAAAAAUAAUAAGAACUUCUUUUACAUUACAUAUGAGGAACUUCAUCAGGAUCUCAGAGGAAGUGUGCCAAAAAUGUGUGAAUUUCUGGGGAAGGAAAUAAACGAAGCACAACUUGACUUGGUUGUAAAUAAUGCAUCUUUCAAAGCAAUGAAACAUAAUAAGAUGUCCAACUACAGUUUACUUCCUAAGGACUUCUUAGAUCAAACCAAAGGUUCUUUCAUGCGCAAAGGGAUCACCGGAGACUGGAAGAACCACUUUACAGUUGCCCAGAAUGAAUAUUUUGAUAGAUUUUAUCAAGAGAAAAUGAAAGAUUUAAAUUUCACGUUUUUCUGGGAAGAAAUGUGAUUUCAAAAGGCAAACUAUCAGCGGAAGGCAUCGUGUUACUUUUUA